UUGCAUUUCCAUUUUCCGCACCCUCUCAUUACUAAAAUAGAAAGUAGCAAACGUGUGGUAAAGUUUGGGUAGCAGAGUGAGGAGGAUGAGGUGAGUAGUUGGGGAUAAUUAAGAAGUAGAAGAAGAAGAAUGAAGGCGACUCUGACUGUGCUGGGGUACGUUUGUUGCGUUGUUGGGUUCGUUUUGAGUGGAUCCGGGCAUCAUGCUUCUGCUUCUUUCGAGGAGCUCAAUCUCAAAGAGCUGGAGAUAGAGAAAGAGAAAGACGGCCUGCUUUCUCUUGUGCAGAAUGAUGCGGCGGCAUCACCUUCUUUGCCAAAGCCUCUCAUGGUCCCUCUCACUCUUAUUCAGGAAGCUGCUUCUAAAGGAGCUGUCUGCUUGGAUGGGACGCUACCCGGUUAUCAUCUGCAUCAGGGUUAUGGAUCUGGUGCAAACAGUUGGCUCAUUCAAUUAGAGGGUGGGGGAUGGUGCAAUACGAUAAGAAGCUGCAUUUACCGCAAAACAACUCGUCGUGGUUCAUCGAAAUACAUGGAAAAGCAGAUACCAUUCAUAGGAAUAUUGAGCAAUAAAGCUGAAGAAAAUCCUGAUUUUUUCAACUGGAACAGAGUCAAGCUACGUUACUGUGAUGGGGCAUCUUUCAGCGGGGAUAGUGAGAAUGAGAAGGCGAAACUCAAUUUUCGAGGACAACGGAUUUGGUUAGCUGCUAUGCAGGAGUUAAUGUCCAAGGGAAUGCAGAACGCCAACCAGGCUCUUCUUUCUGGAUGCUCUGCUGGGGGUCUAGCAUCUAUACUACACUGCGAUGAGUUUCGGGACUUAUUUCCAAAAACUACCAAAGUGAAAUGUCUUAGUGAUGCUGGAUUGUUCCUUGAUGCAGUUGAUGUAUCCGGUGGGCGCACUUUAAGGAAUAUGUUUGAAGGCGUGGUUAACUUACAGGAAGUGCAAAAGAAUCUGCCAAAUACAUGUAUCAACUACCUGGAUCCAACUUCGUGCUUCUUCCCUCAGAAUUUGAUAGCGAAUAUUAAGACACCAUUAUUUCUUCUAAAUGCAGCCUAUGAUGCAUGGCAGCUCCAAGCUAGCUUAGCUCCACGAUCAGCCGAUCCUAAUGGCUAUUGGAAUGAAUGCAAAUUGAACCAUGCCCAGUGUAAUUCAUCACAGAUCCAGUUUCUCCAAGACUUUAGAAAUCAAAUGCUCCAUGCCAUCAGAGAUUUCUCAAGGUCCAGUCAAAAUGGAUUGUUCAUAAAUUCCUGUUUUGCUCAUUGCCAGUCUGAGAGGCAGGACACCUGGUUCGCAGAUGAUUCGCCCCUAAUUGCAAACAAGGGGAUUGCAGAGUCUGUUGGAGACUGGUAUUUUGAUAGAGUAUAUGUAAAAGCUACUGACUGCCCGUACCCCUGUGACAGCACCUGCCACAAUUUAGUUUUCAAGUGAGUGUGAAUUUAUUCAAUGACUCCUCAGAUUGCUUCUUUAUUCAUCAUGCUUCCUAUUCCCAACUGUGAAAAUUGUAACAUUCAUUUAUUAAGGUAACAAAGUCAUACUGGAUGAGGAGUGCAAACUAUAAUAGCUAGCACAUUCUUGCCCAUGGGUUUUGGCCAUGCAUUUAUGAAUGAGAUUCUGUUGUAUCUUGAA